UCCAGACUUCAAUCAACAUCAAUCGACACGACAUGGUUUCCCAUCCCCCUCAACCAGGCCCAUCCAACUCUCGAGCCUCUCAAGCACCUGAUCAACGACUCUCAACCGAACCCCCUCAAACACUCAAACUUCUGCUGAUCGGGUCCUCCUCAGUUGGCAAGUCAUCGUUGCUAUUAAGGUUUACAGACCAAGUAUUUUUAUCCGCCGAAGAGUCAUCAGCAACGAUUGGGGUUGACUUCAAAUUCAAAUUGAUCGAUCACAAAGGCAAAAGAUACAAAUUAAGCAUCUGGGACACUGCUGGUCAAGAACGGUUCCGGACUUUGACGAGUAGCUAUUACCGCGGUGCUCAAGGGGUUUUACUAGUGUAUGACGUCACCAAUCGAGCUUCGUUCGAAUCAUUGCCCUCUUGGUUUAGCGAAUUAGAUACGUUCGCUCAUUCACCACAAGAUGUAGUACGAGUGAUUGUUGGAAACAAAGUGGAUAAGGAUGAAUCAAGGACAGUUUCAACUGACGAAGGGCGGGCAUUUGCGAGUGAUAAUCAUGCGAUGUUUUUCGAGACGAGCGUGAAGACGAGGAAGGGAGUGGAUGAAGUAUUUGAAGCGGUGGUCGACAAGAUCAUCGAUUCAAUUUCUCUACAACGAGCCAGACAGGGUUACCGUAAUGACUCGAGAACGUUACCCGGCAGUAUCGACUUGGAUGCUUAUAGUGACGAUGACCAAGCCGGAAGCUGGUGUAACUGUUAAAAACAUUCAUAUCUGGGCUGUUACUCUGUAUUUCGGUCGACAACCUCGUCAAACUCAACAAGAUCAAACCAUUAUCCCUACUUGUAUAUCACAUUGUGUAUUGUAGUAUAUACUUGUUAGAUCAUGGACACACGUCAAAUCUAAAAAUAUGAUGGGGCGGGUUGAUGAUGCAGAAUGCAAAUAUCUUACUCCUUGUAUUGUAUCCACACAAUCAUCUAUACUUAUUCUAAUGAGACUUAUUUGGUUCUUUACAUUUCCCUUUCAAACAGUCAUUGUGUUUUUUGAUGUUGUUAAGAAAGUCCUAAUUUUGUGAUCAUUGGU